CCCGGCGGCCGGGCAGGGCCCGCCCCGGCCCCGCCCUCCAGGACAUCCCGUCGGGAAACCGUCGAGCUGCAAGGCGGCGCGGCUGUGGCUCAGCCUGGACGCGACAGAUUAACUGUGUCCCUACCCAUCCCAGGAGGGGUGAAAAGGAUGAGACAGGCAAAUGCAUGUGAUGAAUAGUACAAGCUAAGCUCCUCCCUACACCUGCGCCCUGAGUGAGAGUGGCCAUAGUCAUCACUUUUCGAAGAAACCUUUAAUUGAGCGGUAGUCUGACUAACUUGAGCAAACAUCCCUGUUGGUGGUGACUGCUAACUUCCUGACUGCCACGUCUCCAACGCGGUCUCCAGGAGGAGGGAAAAAGGAACAAAGGCAAACCAGACUGCCAGGGGCCACGAGGCAAUACCAAGAUGAGGGCGUUGGAGUGACCUGGGUGAUUCUGAGUGAGUUUAUCAGGGAGGCCUUCCUGGAGGAGGCUGAGGCCCCAGGGUGUGGCCACCAUGACACAUCGAGCUAUUUCCGGGGCCGGGCUCAGCAUUCGGAGCUGACCCAGCCAGGGUCCCUGCUGUUUCCAGAGGAUGAGGCUCCUCCGCAGACGCCACCUGGCCGUGCGCCUGGCCUUGGUGGGCAGCGUCUUCAUGCUCUUCCUCCUCAUCCUGCAGAGGGAUGUCAGCAGCAGCGAGCAGGCCACAGAGAAACCAUGGCUGAAGUCCUUGGUGAGCCAGAAGGAUCACGUCCUGGACCUGAUGCUGGGCGCUGUGAACAACCUAAGGGAUUCGAUGCCCAAACUCCAGAUCAGGGCUCCAGAGGCCCAGCAGAUGCUGGUCUCCACAAACCAGUCCUGCCUCCCCGGGUUCUAUGCCCCAGCUGAGCUGAAGCCCUUCUGGGAACGGCCGCCACAGGAUCCCAACAGCCCUGGGGCAGACGGGAAAGCAUUUCAGAAGAAAGACUGGACACUCCUGGAAACCCAGGAAAAGGAAAAGGGCUAUAAGAAGCACUGCUUCAAUGCCUUUGCCAGUGACCGCAUCUCCCUGCAGAGGGCCUUGGGGCCGGAUACCCGACCCCCUGAGUGUGUUGACCAGAAGUUCCGGCGCUGCCCCCCACUGCCCACCACCAGCGUCAUCAUUGUGUUCCACAACGAGGCCUGGUCCACGCUGCUGCGAACGGUGUACAGCGUCCUGCACACCACCCCUGCCAUCCUGCUGAAGGAGAUCAUACUGGUGGAUGAUGCCAGCACAGACGAGUACUUGAAGGAGCCGCUGGAGUCGUUCGUGAAGCGGCUGCAGGUGGUGAAGGUGGUGCGGCAGGAGGAGCGCAAGGGGCUGAUCACCGCCCGGCUGCUGGGAGCCAGCGUGGCGCAGGCGGAGGUGCUCACCUUCCUGGACGCGCACUGUGAGUGCUUCCAUGGCUGGCUGGAGCCCCUCCUGGCUCGGAUUGCUGAGGACCAGACGGUGGUGGUGAGCCCAGACAUCGUCACCAUCGACCUGAACACUUUUGAGUUCUCCAAGCCCAACCGCAGGGGCAGAGCCCAUAGUCGUGGCAACUUUGACUGGAGCCUGACCUUCGGCUGGGAGUCUCUGCCUCCACAUGAGAAGCAGAGGCGGAAGGAUGAGACCUACCCCAUCAAAUCCCCGACGUUUGCUGGUGGCCUCUUCUCCAUCUCCAAGUCCUACUUUGAGCACAUCGGUACCUAUGAUAAUCAGAUGGAGAUCUGGGGAGGGGAGAACGUGGAAAUGUCCUUCCGGGUGUGGCAGUGUGGGGGCCAGCUGGAGAUCAUCCCCUGCUCUGUGGUUGGCCACGUGUUCCGCACCAAGAGCCCCCACACCUUCCCCAAGGGCACUGAUGUCAUUGCUCGCAACCAGGUGCGCCUGGCCGAGGUCUGGAUGGAUAGCUACAAGGAGAUUUUCUACCGGAGGAAUCUGCAGGCAGCAAAGAUGGCCCGAGAGAAAUCCUUCGGUGACAUUUCGGAACGACUGCAGCUGAGGCAACAACUACACUGUCGCAACUUUUCCUGGUACCUAAACAACAUCUACCCAGAGAUGUUUGUUCCUGACCUGAAGCCCACCUUCUAUGGAGCUAUCAGGAACCUCGGCGUGGACCAAUGCCUGGACGUGGGUGAGAACAACAAUGGGGGAAAACCCCUCAUCAUGUACACCUGCCAUGGCCUUGGCGGUAACCAGUACUUUGAGUACACAACCCAGAGAGACCUUCGCCACAACAUCGCAAAGCAGCUGUGUCUACACGCCAGUGCCGGCACGCUGGGCCUUAGGAGCUGCCACUUCACUGGCAAGAAUAGCCAGGUGCCCAAGGAUGAGGAAUGGGAAUUGACCCAGGACCAACUCAUCAGGAACUCAGGAUCUGGUACCUGCCUGAUAUCUGAGGACAAAAAGCCAGCCAUGGCCUCUUGCAACCCCAGUGAUCCCCGCCAACACUGGCUGUUCGUCUAGGCCCUGGAGCGGCCCCUGUGGGGGCUCCCUCAGGCCUCUCAAGAAACAGGAUUUGGGGAGCUGGAUGCUUGAGAACCUGAUCAUCAGCUUUCCUGUCGGCCUUAAAGAUGGAUUUCAAACCCAGUGGCUGUCAAGGCAGGACCUUCCUGUUCCUUACAACAACAUUGGGCCCAUUUCCUUUCCUCCACGUUAGUGGAAGAGACCAUUAGAACAUAUCCUAUGUGGCCUAGAGCUUUCCUUCUGUCUUAGAAACAGACUUCCAAAGCAGAGAAGGCAGCUGGGGUAGGGCCCAGGGAAGCAGUGCUGAAUUCAACAGAAGCACCUCUGUAGCCACACCCUGAAUCCCUAGUCAUCCAGUACACCCGCAGAAUCCAGUGAAAUAGUCUAUUCUGAACAGAGGGCUUAGAGGUCUAAGAGUCUCCCUUGGUAACAUGACCUGAAGCACCCUAACAGGAGUCCUUUAUCUGACUUCAUCUGCAUAGCAGUCCUGUGAGAGAGAUGGGAACUGCCAGGCCCAUUUUAUGGACAGGAAAACUGAGGCAGUGAGAAGUAAAGGAGCUUGUCUGUAUCCCAAAGCUAGUGGCUGGCUGGAGCCGAGACUGAGGCUCAAACUUGAACGCUAAGCCAGUGCUCCUGACACCACCCAAGAACACUAGGCAGCUAGCCAUCAGCCUCCCCAUUCUCUCUUCCCCACACAGUGAUCUUUUCUGGCUGUCUGGUUUCUGUAAAGCUUAGAACCAUGGAGCCAGGUAGCCAUGAGGGAGACCAAAUUUGGGGAUCCUGGGAUGUUCAGUUUGAAAGAAAGCUUAUGGAGCCAGUUAUCCUCAGGUUUGAGUCCCAGAACCUUUUUUCAGUGCUCCAUAUAUAAUGACAAAGUAGCCAAAGAUGAAAAUGAGAGUAGGUGAGGGCCAUGCCCAGCAGCCCCUGAACUUCCAAAGAUCUGCAAGCACAGUUUGAAAACCAUUGUUUUAGUCCAACCCUAUCACGUUCAUAUUAUGAAACCAAGGCCAGAUAAGUGAAGUAAUUUGCCCUCGGCCACACAACCAGGUUUUGGUAGCCCUGAGGCUAGGACCCAGAUAAGACUAGCAGGAGCCCUGGGAAGUCUGAGGAAGUAGGGACAGCAUAAUACAUCCAGCACAACUGCAUGACUGGUCUUGUCUGCUGUUCUCGCAAGAAGUCCCUACGUGGAGCUGUGCAGGUCAGCUCUUCUCCAAGCAAGUUGGACCCCACCAUGCACGGCUGCUUUGCCUGAAUUAAAGAGCCCCCGCUGCCCAGAGGACUCACCUUCCUGGCAGGAGGGCAUCUGACUUCGAGUAGCAGGCCAUCAUCUUGGGCAUCACCAGAUGAGGGUGCCGCAGGACCACGCUGCCUCCCCUUCCCUGGGCAACGCCCCACCGCAGCUGCUGCCAUAGGAAGUCUCCUAGGUCCCCUGGGGUAGCCCAGCCGAAGGGAGAGGAGAGAGUGGCCAGGAUGUGUCCUGGAGUGGGGAAAGGGGAAAGUUCUUCCCCAGAAAGAGAAGAGAAUUGGACAUGAGAUCCCAGCAGAAAUAAAGGUUUUAUGGCAUUGGUA